CAUCGCCAACAACCACGAGCAAGACUAAUACCUCACAACCUCGACAGCAAUAAACACCGCUCCAUCCUCUCCACAAUAUCACAACUCCCCGAAGAUGCGCUUCUCCACUGCCGUCACUGCCGUCCUAGCUGCCGCCUCUGGCGCGCUGGCCGUCGAUGCCCCAUCCAAGAACGUCAUCGUUAGCUUCCCAUUCGACACCCCCACAAAUAUCAUCGACAACGCCAUGGACGAGAUCCGCAAGGCCGGAGGCAUCAUCACCCACGAGUACAAGCUCAUCAAGGGCUUUGCUGCCAAAGCGCCUGCCAAGAUCUUUGAGACCACCAUGUCCGUGUGGCAGACCGAGUUCAACGCCGUUGUUGAGGAGGACCAGGUCGUCAGCACCCAGCAGGAGAGUCUGUAAACAACGCUUGGUGCAAUCAGCCUCAUCUCUCUCUCUCUCUUUUGCUUGAGCUUUGAGCAAGAUCUCGGCUAGAUCACAAGCUUGUGGGAGUGAUCAUUAAAGGCAUCAAGGCCCAGGCUAAGCCACCAUACCAGCAAGAUACCCAAAUAUGAUUUCGAAGACCAAAAGAACGAAAGCGACGACACAUGAUCCAGUGAAUGCGGGAAGAUUCCGGAGUUCAGUCUGUCAUUCAUCAAACAAGUCGACAACCAAAGGCAAGCUCUAUCUUCCGGUCAAUACUGAGACUAGCUGUAGCCUCCACUUGCGCUUGGAAUUAUUGUAAAUAGGUCGUAAAUAGUAUAUCAUUCAUGUAUGUGCACG